UUUUUGAACAGCAAAAUGAGUGCAACCAGGGAAGAAGACGUCGAAUGUGGAAUCGGCAAAUUUCGACCGAAAUUUCUCCAGCACUUUGCCAACAUCAAUAUGUUUGUGGGAAUAUUUAGUGUAGUUGGCAUGAUAUCUCAGACGCUUGUAGCUUAUGUUAAUACACAGGUACCAAAUCUGGAGCGACAGUUUGGUUUGAAUAGCGCCCAGAGUGGACUAGUAAUGGCCUUCAAUGAUAUAGGAUUUUUCGCGGUUGUUUUAUUUGUGUCGGCUGCUGCUAGGUUUGUUCACAUUCCGCGCAUGCUAUUUUUAUGCAUUUUAUUGUACGGAAUUUCUGGGCUUACAUGUAGCAUCCCCCACUUUAUUGCUGUGUCGCGAAACCUUUUACCAGUUCUGAACUUGGAUUCAGUGGUCACAAAUACCACAAAAAAUAGCGAUAAAAUAAAUCUCCUUUGUCGUCCCGGGUUCAAUGUCACUGAAGAAGAGUGCCAAUCAAGUAUGGAAAACCCAAAUAAAGUUUUAACUGCACCGAGUUAUUCAAUAAAGAAUCUUGCAUUGGUCUUUAUUGGGAUUGGUAUGACCUUACAGGGCAUCGGAAAAGCCCCACGGGGCCCCUAUUACAUGGUUUAUGUUGAUGACAACAUUGACCGAAGAAAAACAGGAUUUUACUCAGGUAUUGCCAGCGCUUCGUCUAUUUUCGGUCCAGCAAUUGCAUUUGGACUCGGGGGAUACUUCAGCAAACUGUACGUAACUUUGGAAGAUGUUGAUAUGGACACACGUGAUCCCCGAUGGAUAGGAGCUUGGUGGCUGGGUUUUCUUGUCUUUGGAUCGGUGUCCAUUAUCCUAGCAUUCCCUCUGGCUCUGUUUCCAAGACAACUUAAAAUGUCCAAAAAAGAUAUGGCAAAGGGAAAAAUUCGAAAAAGGCCAGUUGUUCAAGAAUGUUCAUUUUCAGAAAAAGUUAAAUUGAGCGUCAAGGGAUAUUGGAAAGUCGUUCGAAAUCCAGUUUUUCUUCUCACGUCAGCCAAUCAAAUCUUCAACAUAAUGUCAGUCGGGGGAGUCCAAGGUUUCUUGGUUAAAUUUGUGAAGACACAUUUCAAUAUACCACUGUCUCUUGCCAACUACAUAUUAGCUGGUGCUAAUAUAUCGGCAGUAGCUUUCGGGUCAUUUCUGGGAGGAAUCGUCACAAGGAAAAUAGCGAUGACCCCUAGAAAUGUUUAUAGGAUGAUCUUAGGCUUCUAUACCUUUAAUAUUAUUUUCUUGGCUCUUGCAAUGCUCAUGAGUUGCCCACAACCAACUAUCAUUGGUCCUCAAGUAAACAUCCCUGGAUAUGUUGACAUUUCCUCACAGAAUUGCUCACUUGAUUGCGCAUGUCAGGAUGACAACUUUUUCCCUGUAUGCGGUUCAAAUAAGGUUAAUUACCAUUCUCCGUGUUUUGCCGGAUGCCAAGAAUUGUAUAGAAAUGGUCGUAUGUUUUCCAAUUGUACCUGUAUACCCGAUGGUCAGGCGGAGGCUGGAUUCUGUGAAUCCAACUGUCCCAAUCUGAUACCAUAUGUCAUCUUUAUUCUCCUCUCCAGCAUUUCAGAGUCAAUGAAAAUAGCACCGAAUGCAAUUGCUAUCUUAAGAUCUGUCGAUGACAGGGACAAAGCCUCCGCGUUCGGUCUUAACAGCUGCUUAGUAUCUGCUCUUGGCUGGGGAUUAUCGCCGAUCCUUUUUGGUAAGGUCUUGGAUGGUUCCUGCUACAUUUGGCAGUUUCAGUGCACAUCUUCCGGUGCGUGUGAACUUUAUGACUUCCGAUCUUUCCGACUUUCUUUUCACGGAUUUUCCUUGAGUCUGAGAUGCGCAUCAUUCGUUUGUUUAAUCUGCCUUGUUAUUUGGACGAGAAACUGGAAAGAUUGGAAAUGUGCCAAACGUACUAAAACUGUUCCCUCGGAUCCUAGGGCGGACAUGAAGUAUACUCAAGUGCUUACUGAAAAUAAGAACAUUGAUGGUGAACAACUGAGUCAUAAUAUUGAGGACUAAAAAGAUUCAGGGAAUCCAAAUUGCAAUGCUGAAAGCCAUUAAAUAGUUUGCUACCAAUGAUAAUAAAGACUUUUAAAACCA